AUGACUCUGACGAUCAACCGGUACAGCGCAACGCAUCACUAUCGAUGGAAGGUCAUGGUUACCUGUGGUAGGAGCCCUCACAAAUUCAUCAUAGGGGUGGCCCAGUCCGAGACAGUAUUAGUUCGACAAAAUGCUACUCGUUUCUCAACAAUUGAUGAGUUUAACUGGCAUUAUUACGAGAAGGGUUGGCAUCAGUUAGUUGUUUGUGACAUAAAAGCCAGAACAGACCAUGGAGUUCUCUACAAUUAUCUGGAUGCUCCUAGCUCGGUUGCCGGAAACCAUGCCAAUUCCUCCAUGAAAAGAUAA